AUGGAUGCUUUGUUCUCGAAAAAGACCCUUGGUCCGGUUGACCACCACCAGCCGCAAAAGAGAAGGUUACGGUUCGCCGCCGGCCUAGGAUCUACUUUGUACAAAGGUGUAGCCGGUCUAUCAUCAGUGGUCGUGCGCCGGGCGCGACGAGGUGGGCUAAGCCUGUUACUGAAGAUUCUGGCCACCGUGGUAUCGGUCAUCAUCCUGAUCCGACUCAUCCCCUCACCUCUCAAUGGGAGGAAGUCACCCGUACCGGGGUGGUUCAAGAAGAAGCCCGUGGCGAGGGGCGAUGAUCUGAGGAUCGUCGUCUUUGGCAGCCAGGAUGUCGCAGCCAGUUCCCUGGACUCGAGGCCGGGCGGGUCGACCUGGACCCACACGCUCUGCAAAGAGCUCAAAUGUGGCACACGGCACUCGUUCAUUCCCGAAUAUGACCGUGGUAUAGGAUUGACAUCCAACAAACGAUACGCGACCGAGCUCAAGACGCUGCAGAACUUCUCCAAGGAGGCCAACCUGACCGACAACCCGGCAGCCGACUAUUCGUUCCUGUCAGAACAGUACCCGGGCGCGACAGAUGCGCACGACCUAGAAGAGCAAGUACAGGACUACUUCAACACCGCCGGGCCCAAGCUGCCGCCUCGGGAGACAGUAUACGUUUUCACCUUCGGCACAUGGGACAUCUGGAAUCUGGCGGCUAUGCCUUUAGAACGGGGUGAAGCGGUGGUGGACGAUUUGGCACGCCUCAUCUUCAACCAGACGGAGUACCUGUACAAGAAGUCGCUAGACACGCAGACGAUUGCGCAUUCGGGGUACUGGGGCGCAAGCAUUGAUCCCAAGGCGGGCAGGCGGGACAAGGACCGGGCGGCCAAGGAGGCGGCCAAGCACCGGCGCUUCAACGUCGUGAUCCCCGAGCUUCUCGACAUCUCCAUGACACCGGGCUGGCAGUUCCGCCCGCAGCCGCAGUACCCGCACUCGUUGGCCGAGCACAUGCGCAACAGUGCGCUUCUGACGAUGCGGUGGAACGAGCAGAUGCGGAGCGAGAUGAAGAAGUGGACCAUGAAAGGCAGCGCGCUACCCGAGGGAGAUAUGAGUGACGUCCACAGCGAUUGGGCCAGUAAACAAUACCAGUACCAGGAUCAGGCAGACCUGUACCCACGUCGCAUGGGCUACUUUGCCGAGACGUCGAGCCGCAUGAUCGAGGUGCUGGCCGAGGAAGACAUGCAGAGGACGGGCGAGAGCGACAGGACUGGCAGGGGGAAACUGCCCGCCCAAGAGAAGCUGCGUUUCGGAAACACAAAACUAUCUUGUCGCGCAAAAUCUUCUCUGCUGUCAAAACUCUACUGGGGCAAGGACGCCGACGACAAGUACAUGAAAAUGGAGAGGUGUCCCCGACCCGACAACCACCUUUUCUACGAGCCAUUCACCUACAAUCAGCGUGCCGUCGAUGAGAUUGGCAAGAUUGCUGCCAAGGGUGUGAAGAAGCAUCUCUUUGGUAUGAAAGUGGAUGAUGAUGAGAAGGGCAAAUAA